CUCUCUCUCACUCGUCGUCUUCACCUCUCUCUGUUCCUCUUCCGUUCGCGUUCGCGCGCUCGCUCGCUCCGUUCACACACACGUACGCAUCCGCGUACACAGCAGCAUUCGUGCGCGCGCGCGCGCGCGCGCACUCUAUCUCUCUUCUUCUCUCCUCUCUCUCUCUCUCUCUCUCUCUUUCUUUCUCACUGUCUCACUCUGUUUCUCCUCAUAUACUCAACUCCUCCUCCCUCUCGCGUAAUUUCUGUGUGCUCCACACCUAUUUUCCUUUCUCCUUUUCUCUGUCUCACUCUCUUCUUUAGUUCGUUGUUUCUUCACGACCAAAAAAUCGACAAAGCCUUAACGGGCCGGUCGGUCCGGUUGCCCGUAGGAAUUCACUGUGUUCUCGCUUCCACGAAUACGCGCGCGCGCGAAAUCACUCCUCAGCAACGGCGAAAUCUCGUAGUAUGGGUAAACAAACACGGGAUAAUGUACAUUUUUCGCGUAAGCGAGAGGCGCGCUUUACAUUGGAUUCAUUGGAUUCACUGCACUUUUCCAUAAGACGCGUACGCGGCGUACGUGAAAUCGCCGAAGCACGCACCCUUACUCCUUCAGCGAUACAAGGCAAACUAUUGGAUUUUGUGAUGGCAAACAAGGAACCGACUGGUCGCGCAGCGUAGCGGGACGAGAGACAAUAGUGGGGGAAGAUACUGCGCAGGAGCGUAUUGGCGCGACCAGCGUCGUUUCUGUUACCAACCACACUCGGGUGCUGCUGCUACCGACUAGCGCCUCCACCUCCCACGAUGCUCGCUGCCAUCCGUGCCGUUCGUGGCGCGACGAGCGAUGUUCGUCUAGGACCGGUCAGCCGAUCACGGCCGCGGUGGCACAGCGCGAUCAAGACACCAAGACAAGACUGACAAGAGACGAGACGCGAGAUUCAAGAGAGUGGAGAGUGCUUUGCCGCCAGAAAUGUGGCUAUUGUGGCCAAAAGCGACAUUCACCGCCGAUCGGAGCAAACGAUACGUGGGCAAAUCCGAAUUUAUAGAAAUUGAAAUUGAAGCGCGCGUAUUGUUGCUUCCUAAACAUUUCUAAUUUUCGUGAUCCCAACUCAAGGUCCCGCGACAGUUGGUUGCGGUUGUUGUGUGCAUACGCGCUUGUCAUCGGUAAAUUCGAUUCGCAUUGCGGAAUCACUCGCCAACGAGUCUCACGCGCGUGAGCGAGCUAUAGGUAUUUCGCGUUCAAAAUUGAUUGGAACGGAGAUAUAAGAACAAUUUCGUUCUAUAAAUCGCAUAAAUUCAGCGACAAUAUACAUUGUUCUUACAUAUACAUGUAUUACAGACGAUUGGUAUUUAUUGGCAUCACACAAUCUACUGCGCGAUCUAAAUUAUGUAAACGCGAAAGCGCGCGUAUUUCGCGCGUUCUGACGUUCUUUUCUCUCUCUCUCUCUCUCGCGAAUGAUGAGGUUCUAAUCGACACAAACUAUUUUUUUGUCAGGCAAACAAAAAUUUGCACGACAAAUACUUGGGAUAUUCGACUAGUGUUACUCUACAACGCGAUCAGUACCAUUUACUUUUUCGAGCUUUGGCCUUUUAUCUUUGGAUUUGUUCGCGGAAACGUCUCGCAAUGAAAAUGAAAAUUGCAAACGUAAAACGAGUUUGGCUCGUGCAUGUGCGCGCUUUCAAUAUAUCCAUAUCCGAAUUUCGAUAUUUCCUUCCACGAAUUAAGGGGGCGCCAAAGAAUGUCGAAGAAAUCUCAACAGUACGCACGGUCCUGAAUUGCCAUCGCGUUGCGCCGCGUCGAGGCGCAACUAGCGCAAGGCGCAGCAAGGCGUAAGAGGCAUGCGCGUGCGCGGCACGGUACGCGUGAGUAGCCGAGCGUUUCCCCGCGACCGCGAUCUCGUAGCCAACCGCUCACCCAGCUGUUCCAAGAGACGAGCGAACCCCCCAUUGUAAUCUGGGUCAUGGGAACUGCGCAAAACGGCUUGCUGCCGCAAUAAGAUCGCGCCGUUUGUCGAAAGACCAUCGGUGACUUUGCAUUUUUUUAAUACGUGCCGUGCAGUGCCGUAGCACGCGAUUCGAGGCGUCACAGCUUUUCCUCACAUUUCGUCUCGCACAUGUUACGACGCACCAUGCGACAUUGUGACGUGCACUGUGCCGCUCAGCCGCUGUGCGCUAUGCCGUAUGCGUCGUAUGACGUAUGUUUAUCUCUCAAUGAGCUUGACUGGUCGCUGACCGGGAUCGGAGAAAGCUGUGCGUCGAUUGGCCGACGGACUUUGCUCAGCGACUCACGCGCGAGUCUCAAAUCACGUACUUACUACGUACAUACAUACAUACGUAUGGCACUUGCACAAAGUCAUGACAAACGAUUGAAGCGCGCGACCGAGAACGAGGAAAAUAAUCCGCCACGUGGUUGUCAUCAAGAUCAUUCUCCAACACGACUGCGAUUUCUUCAAAGAGUUGAGGGUCGCGCAAUGUUGCAAAAUUUUAUUGCGGUCUCGAUUUAAAACAGGAUGGACUCCGGACCGGAGAGAGCAGGAGAGAGCGAGUCAUCCGGAGAAAUACGAGCAUACGAGAAGAGAGGAGAUUCUUUUCAUCCCUCUCCCGCUCCCUUCAGACGUGCAGGAGUCUCGCCACGUGAGCCUCGCCAAGGACAUAUAAGAUAGACUCCACAUCGGCUGGAUUUUCCGGUGGAAGAGGCGUCCAUAAAAAAGUGGUCAUUAAUACGCUUAAAAAGUUUACGAAAAAAAGUGAUAUACUCCAUCAAGAUCUAUAUCAAUUGUUCCAUGGAGAUGAUUAGAAAUGUUGUUGUGGGGGUAUCUGGUGGUGUUGAUAGCGCCGUGACAGCUUUUCUACUUAAAAACAAAGGAUUCAACAUUAUUGGAAUAUUUAUGAAAAACUGGGACCGUAGAGAAGAAACAGGAAAGUGUGCAUUUGAGAAAGAUUAUAAUGACGCCCGAUGGAUCUGCGACAAAUUGGAAAUUUCUUUGAUACAGAUUGACUUUGUCAAAGAAUAUUGGAAUGAGGUUUUUAGUGAUGUGGUGGAAAAAUAUCAGAAUGGAUAUACUCCGAAUCCAGAUAUUUUAUGCAAUAAGAAUAUCAAGUUUGAUAAAUUUUUUCAUCUUGCACGUAAUAGAUUUCAAGCAGAUGCAAUUGCAACAGGUCAUUACGCUAAAACAAGCUUUGGGCCUUAUCUAGAGAAUUAUAAAGCAAACACUAAUGUACGCUUGUUACAGGCAGAAGAUAACAAUAAAGAUCAAACGUUUUUCUUGAGUCAAGUGCCACAACAAACCUUGAGACAUUGCAUGUUUCCUCUUGGGAAUUAUUUAAAAAGUCACGUAAAGAUGAUAGCUACACAAGCAGGAUUGUGCCAAAUAGCACGGAAGAGGGAAAGCAUGGGUAUUUGCUUCGUGGGAAAACGUGAGUUUCAAGAUUUUAUUUCAGAGUAUAUAACAGAUAAACCUGGUGACUACAUAGAUCUCGAUAGUGGACUGCUGAUAGGUAGACACAAUGGCAUUCACAAACGGACAAUAGGGCAAGGAUGUAAAAUUGCUGGUUGUCUCAAGCCUUAUUUCGUAUUUAGCAAGGAUCAAAAGUCAAAUACUAUUACAGUGGUAGGUGGUACAACUCAUCCAGCAUUAUAUUCUGACUUUUUGAUAACGCGGGAAAUUCAUUGGAUCAAUAAGGAGCCACACGAAUUGAAAUUGAACAACGGUGUAUUGAAUUGUAAUUUUCGCUUUCAACACAGAAAUCCAUUAGUUCCUUGCAAGGUGUACAAGGUGUCUAGCGGUCGCUUGUUUAUCCGUCUCGAUGCACCUUUACGAGCGAUUACAAAGGGCCAGUAUGCUAUUUUAUACUCUGGAGAGGAAUGUUUGGGCAGUUCAAUGAUAUCGUAUGCAGGGCCAUCUUAUUUUGCGCUUAGGCGGCAAAAUUGUAUAGAUGACACUCAUUACCAUAAUUUGAAAGCAUCUGUUACGAGAUAGUUAAAUGUAUCAACAAAUAGUAUGUAAAAGUAUGGAUAUUUUUAAGCUUUAAUUAAUAAAAUUAAUGUUUCGAUAAAA